UGCGGCUACUACAUUAAGAUGGAAGGCAGGAGUUCCCAUGGCAUCUCCAUCAACAAGCAAUGUGCAUCCGACUACAUACUCGGUCCUCUCUACGACCCGGAGCCAAGCCAGGUGUGUGCCAUUCAUCCGGCACCAUCCACGGUUUAUCCGGACCAUCCCAGCCAGGCGCACAAAGAGACUGCCGUUGACAAUUCGGACGACGACGAGCUGCCUUUUUCGCGCCGUGUCCUAGGCCGCCGGGCCAGCAGUGUAAAGCGCAAACCUCUUCCGCCUUCUGUCGUACGCUCCCAGUAUCCACCACUCUCAAGUCUGGAGCGGAAGCGUUCUCUCUAUACUGCCAGCCCGCCGACUACUCGCUGGAACCAGGGUACUAUCCUGGUCAGAGCCAAUAGCGUAUCAUCCCCCAAGCCUGGCGUAGACGCAAUGGCUGCGCUAGGAGAUCAGAACGUGUCCCGGCGCCGUGCCACUUCCCUCGCCGCGCGCUAUCCGGACGAUAGGUCCCACCCUCCCCCCGCGAUGCUCACCAAUGAGCGGAGGGCCAAAGACGGCGGACAAGAAACCCGUCCACGCCGGGCCAGCUCGCUCAGGGAGCGGUACCCGGGCGACAUGUCCCACCGCCCACUUGCCAUGCUCACCCGGGAAUUCCGCGCCGCCGACCGCGCGCCGCACCUGCACAACCGCCACCGUCAGCAGCCCCACGAUACCAUCGACGCGCUAGACGUCACCGGGCCCGUCCCUGGCGUCUAUCACCAUGGCGGUCCGUUCGACGCCGCCAUGAAGGCGCGCAACCUCGACAAGAAGUAUGCCCCCCUAGAGGCCGUCCGGAGCACCAACAUCGAGGCCCUGAAAGCCACACCGUCCGAAUUUGUGAAAGACUCGCUGGUCAAGCACGUUCCUCUUCAGGGGACGGCCAUCAUCCCGCCGGGCAUGAGGGACUUUUCCGGAUGCACAAUGCAGUACGAAGAAGGCGCAGACUUGAUGCGGGAGGAAGAUGCCGAAGGCGGGCCGUACAAGCGGUGGGACCAUAUCCGCUACCGCGACGACGACCUCAAAGGAAAGGGCGAGCCCUCCUUUUCGCAGGACCAAGCCCGCCGCCGCAAAGCCUCCAACGCCUUCCACUCGGGCAGCGGAAACGUGUACUAUGAGAUGCGGUCCCGGGGCCAAGGUAAUCGCGGCAACGACGGUGGCGACAGCAGGCCCAAGGAAGGCGGCACUGCCCACGUCCGCCAGCGCAGUUUGAGCGCCAAUGGCGCCUAUCAGCGCCUGCCGCCGGGCAUAGUAGAUGACGGUGAUGACGAUGGUUACGGGGGCGGCUCGUCCGGCCUGGGAAGCAGCAAUACUACCGGCAAGAACAUCGCUCAGAGUCUGAAGAGGCGGUUCGGGAGCCUGAGGAAGAAGCGGGCCGGUGACGAGGCGGGCUCCUGAGACCCUUCUGGCCGGGUUUGACAUGACUUAUGUGCGGUUCGGAGGACUUGUGAUCGCUUUGGAAACUACUAAACUGCUAUGGGGGUGGGCUUGGCGGCAACGGGACUUGAUUGGGUCUGCACUUCAGCUAUAGAGGGGGUACAUGGGAUGUGUUUUCCGGCAUGAGUUGUAUUGCGUAUGUUUUUGAUCUUGUCACAAAGUAGGACGACAAUAAAGGAUGUUUUGACCUUGUUCGUUUCUGGGUUGUCUUAUGUCCAGUCAAUAAAUAUCAGGUGCUGCUCGUGGCCUGCGACAGUUAAGACUCUGCAGUCACGAGGCCAACUCGCCUAAGUAAGGGUAU